AUGCAGCAACUUGCCCAGGACGAAGCGCACCUCUAUCCGGUUGGCGCUGAAACAAUAAAACAUGCAUUCUAUGUUGAUGAUAUGAUAUCCGGCGCCGACUCGGUGGACGAAGCCAAGGUUAUGCUAAAUCAGACGAGGAAGUUGCUGUCUCUUGGAAACUUUCAUUUGAGAAAAUGGUGCUCAAACGAUAAUCGCGUUUUGACUGAUAUAGCAGCUAAUGACAAACAGGAAUUCCUAAAGUUCGAUGAUGAUACACACAUAACAAAGGCACUUGGAUUGGUUUGGGACCCCAGUUUAGACGUUUUUAUAUUUUCAUUUUCGCCUUUUGCAACGCCGGCCAAGGUAACUAAGCGUACUAUUCUUUCAGCCAUUGCUAGACUGUAUGACCCGCUUGGUUUGAUCGGACCUGUGGUGGCCAAGGCCAAAAUAUUCCUGCAGCAGUUGUGGAAGGAGGAGCUACAUUGGGAUGAAAGCCCAUCGCAGGCAAUACAAUCGGAAUGGCUGGAAAUGUGCAGUCAAUAUAAGCUAGUUGCACAUUUUAGUUUCGACCGAUACCUGCUAAUGCCCGAAGCUGACCUACAGAUGCAUGCCUUUUGUGAUGCAAGUGUUGCUGCUUAUGGGGCCUGCAUAUACAUACGAGCUGAAAGAGAAGGAUACAUUCAGACCAAUCUGCUUUGUUCCAAAUCGCGCGUUGCCCCGCUUAAAACUCUUACGGUACCAAGGCUUGAGCUGUCUGGAGCAUUGCUGCUAGCCGAAUUGGUCUCCAAG